ACACAGUAUGCAACAUGGCGACGGAAGGGGAGGAACAACUGUCAAAUGAACCAGAAAAACUGGACGAUACUGACAUAAUAAAGCAGCUAGACUUGCAGCUUGAAGAGCUUGAUGAUGAAGAGUUCCAGCUUCCUCCAGUUGGCGAGCUACCAACACUAGAGAGUAUAUUAAAUGAGAAUGACCCAGGGAGUGUGUCUGAUGAUGAUCUUGUUCUUCCUCCUCUUCCUCAUCCCAAGGCUUCUUUUUCCACUGAUGGGGGGGAUACGUUGUCUGUACAUUCUCGAGGCAGUUCAGAUUCAAGGAGCCGUACGUCGUCAACAGAGAGGCACAGCACUGGAAGUCGGUCUCGUAAGGAUGCCCAGAAUAAAACCCAUGGAUCAAUAUUGCGUCACGUUAUACUUAAGGGCGUGGCAGCCCAACUGGUGUCUGCACAUGAUCGAGUUGGUGCUGGGUUGCCUACAACAAUGGCCGUGGGCAACAUCAUUUGUAUUGGCACCAGUCAUGGCCUUGUUCUUGUCUUCGAACCCACACAGGCUCUUAAAUUUUGCUUAGGCUCCACACAGCUAGGUGAACAGUGUGGCUCAGUAUCAGCUUUGGCUUUGAACCAAGACUGCACUCGCCUUUUGGCUGGGUUUGCCAAAGGCCAGAUCUGCCUAUUUGACUUAACAUCUAGCAAGCUUCUGCAGACUAUCUCAGAUGCGCAUACACCAUUUACAGCUGUUUUGCACCUGAAGUGGACAGACUACCCAGGCAUGGCAGUAAUUAGUGACAGUGGAGGAUCAGUCUUUGAACUGUCCAUUAAACGAACCAUGGGACUUAACUCCAAUGAGUCUCGCUGCAUAUUUUCUGGUAGUCGUGGAGAAGUGUGUACUAUAGAGCCAUUACUGAUGUCACAGUUUCGUGCUACUCCAUUUGUAGAGACGGUCAUCUUGGCAAUGGCUACUAUAUCAAAGGUCAUUGUGGUUUCCUUAAGGCCGCAGCUGAAAGUUUUGUUCUCGCAUCCAUUAAAAGCCUCGGUUUCAACCCUUCCACUCCUUGCCUGGCAGUUUGUUGUGAUACAGAUGCCAGAUGGGACGAGAGUGAUUGAUCCUGUCCUGGCAUUUGGACGGGAAAAAAAUGUUUUUUUUUAUCAGCUUACCCAUGGAAGUCAGGAGGAGCUUCAGUUUAUCCCUCUUCAGAAGAUGGGUUUGUCAUUUGUAAUACAGGGAAUGGCAUGGCUUAACACUCGCACUCUAGCUGUCAUGGACACGCGAGAGCAUUUACAUGUCAUUGAUGUGAAGACACAGGAAGAACAAGAAAUGGUGGAUCUGGCCCAUUUGGGGCUGGUAUAUGCAUCUCCCCAUUUCAAGGCUAUUGCUACAGGGGGUAAUGUUAGCAAAGCUAUGGCAUUAUCAGGAGAAAGAGCGUGCUACCACUCCAUGGUCAGCUUUGGAACACAGGUGCUCCUGUUGGGCACAAAGUCAUUCCAGGUCGUGACGGUGCGAUCCUGGGUAGAUCGUCUGGAUUACUUGGUGAAAGGUGGUCACAAACGUGAGGCCCUCCAGCUUGCCCUUGAUAUCUAUCAGGAUAAAGCUCAAGCAAUUGUAGGACUCAAGCAUAAGAAGGAAAAGAGACAGCAGCUAGUGCAGGAGAAGAUUUGUGAGUUACUGAACCAGUACCUUGACUCGGCCAUGAAUGAACUCCCUGAGCGCAGCAACCUGACGGCGCUCAACCAGUACUAUUCCCAGCUGGUCACUCUUUGUGUUCAAGUGUCAGUGGGGGCCAAUUUAAAGGAUGUCCUCUUUGGACGAGUCUGGGAAACCUUCAGUGAGGAUGCCAUAUCUAAAGGUAUUUACUUGGAAGCCCUUGAGCCGUACAUUUUGAGUGACCAGCUAGCGGACAUAUCACCCAGUAUAACGCAAUGUCUCCUCGCUCACCAAGAGGUGUGUGGGAAACUUCAGGCAGCCGAGGCCUGCAUUGUGCACCUCAGUGUGACAUCCCUUGAUCUUCACCAGGCCAUGACUCUGUGCUGGACCCAUGGGUUAUAUGAUGCCAUAUUUUAUAUAUAUACCCAUGGCAUGAGAGAUUUUGUUACUCCCCUUGAGGAGCUUGUGACAGUUUUAUGUAAUGCAAUGGAUAGUGGAAAUGCAUUGACAGACAGCCAAGUGAUGUUGGGUAACAAAAUAUUAGUAUACGUGUCUUGUUGCUUAGCUGGACGGGCUUACCCACAUGGUGAUAUUGAUCCUCAGGAAUUACAACAAGUCAAACACGAGAUUUUUAAGUGUAUUACCUCGCUGCAUUCAAAAAAUGCUAAACCUACAGAAAAUUCUUACCCGUUCUUGAGAACUUUAUUGAGAUUUGAUACUAGAGAAUUUCUUAAUGUGCUGGCUUUAGCAUUUGAGGAAGCAGAAUUCACCUCUGAACUUGGAAUGCAACAGAGACAGCGGGUUGUGGACAUUUUACUUCAGGUGAUGGUGGAGGGACAAGGCUUUGGACCUGCCCAGCUGGGAUCACUGUUUACGUUCAUAGCUCGGCAGAUGUCACGACAACAGGGAGCCAUUGCAAUCAAUAGACAACUUUUUGACCAGGUACUAUGCCAUCUAACAGCUGCUGAUGCUGAGAGUCACCACGAGGAGAGGCAGACAGCUCUGCUGGAGCUGUUGCAGGAGGGUGGCCUUGUGCACUACGAAACUAAUCAUCUAUUAGACAAAGCACGUCAAGCACAAUUCUAUCGGGUAUGUGAAUAUGUUUAUGAGGAAAGAGGAGAACACGAGAAGAUUGUUGAAUGCUAUCUGGAAGAUAAACUGCGGAAACAUCAGGUUUUUACCUACAUUCGUUCAGUGUUGUCAUCGCCACAGUUUACUGACCUCCAUGCUCAGAAGAUCCAGCAACAAUUCCUCACACACAUCAAAACACUCCUUGAGAUUGACAGUAGCCGUGUAGCCAGUCUUCUCUUAACAAUGCCUCAGUUGAUGCCUCUGGUGAAAGAUAUCACAUUGCAGUUGAGGGAUGAUGAACAGCUUCUUUAUAAUGCUCUCCAUGCAUUGUUCACAUACAGAUCGACCCAUGCAUCUCCAGGGGGGCGUGGUGGAGACCUGAGUGAUAGUCCUCUUACCUCAGAGCUUCAUGAGGAGUACAUUGAUCUCAUGUGUAGGGUAAAUCCCAGCUUAGUUUACCCAUAUCUGAAAGGUGCUGAAGGUUACCGGCUGGAACAGACUCUGGAGAUCUGCAAGAAAAACAAUCAGCAAGAGUCAACAGCAUUCCUACUUGAGAGAGCAGGUGAUAUUAAAGGUGCUUUUGAGAUUCUUCUAGUCAUCCUCAAGUCCAAAGUUGGUGAUCUUUUGUCUAAUGUAGAUGAUAACGGGACCAUGAACUCUCAAGUGUCGUUGGGUCAUGUUCAAGCUCAGGUUGUAAAGCUGGUGCGUGUAUGUCAGCUUGGCUCCAGUCAGUUGGAAGAGUCGGGGCGUCGAGAGCUCUGGUUCCCUCUACUGGAUGUGCUCCUGUCCACUCAACCGCCACUUGUCAAUAACCAACACUUAGCUCAUGGUAGGAUCCCUGUCUGCCAUAGUAGGUCACCUGUCAGCCAUGAGAUGCGUGGAAUGGUUGGUCAUGUGGUGAACAGCAUGAUGACUCACAUAUCCCUGCCAGCAAUCCUAGAGCGAGUGAUGCAUGACCCUGGGUACUGUGGGGGAAACUUUGCCCAGAUCAAACACCUUCUAAAAGGUAUGGUUGAGAGAUAUGUGUAUGAAGAGACACUGUAUGCAACAGUAGUGCGGAUCAUUGCAGGGGACCAGCUGAGAUACCUCACUCUGCAACACAACCAAGCAUGUGCCCCCCUUGUAGUCUACUCAACCACUUGCGCAAUCUGUCAUAGCAUUUAUCACCCAUCGAGCAAAGCAGUGGCACAUAGUUGUGGUCAUAGUUAUCAUGCACAGUGUGGUGGAGAGUCAACUUCCUGCAUGCUUUGUAUGGGAGGCAGUCAAGAAAACACAACAGAGGAGACACAGCCUAAUGACUCCAAGUCUGAACCUUUGACAGGACUGGACGAGACACAAUUGGAAGGCAUUCGCCGUGUGCGAUCAUUGGGUGCUGGAGGAUCAAGAUUACAAUUCCUUGAAGACUUAUCUUCUCCACCGAGAGGAUCUGUUGUGGAAGCCUCAGCCGCUAGUACAUCGUGGAGAAGUUCAGGCUCCGUGUGUGGAAAUCAAAAUAUUUGGUUAUCCCAAAACUUUGCUCUGAAACUAGCACCACCAACAAUAGAUUUUGGCAAAGAUGAUGCAUGGUGAUUUUACAUGAAAAUGUAGAUAAAUUAGUAGUUCUGGAUUCUAACAUUUGUGGUUUAUCUAGUGUCUACAUACUUUCCAUUCAGCUAAUGGUCUAAAGAACUGAAUGUGUUACAUCAGAUUUCAAAGUGAACUAACUAAUGAAUAUUCUUGGAGAAAAUGUUUCUCUGUAUUAAGAUCAUAAUGUGGUUAAAGCAUGUGAGAGAAGCUGCAAGGUACUUGCAAAGGCAAGGAAUUAUCAUUCUUAUGUUGAAAAGUAAUUUUUAUUCACAGCCUGUAAAUACACAAAAUAUUUAUAGACAAUAUUUAUGACAUCUGUGCUUUAAUUAAUUAAUACUUUUGACUCAUUUCCUUUCAGAUGUAAGUUAAUGCUUUACAUGGAGUCAACAAAUUAGUUUUAUAUGAUUUUAGUUAAUAUAUAAAUACCUGACUACCCAUAAAAAAUCUUAUGUAGUAUUGAAAAUGGUCUUAAAUACAGUAUCUUUUGAUAAUAACUAAAAUACAGUACUAAUACAGUACCUUAUGCUAAUUAUUGUAAAUUAUAAUUGAAUGAAUGAUGAAUCUUUGAAUUAGGAUAUUUUGUAUAGUAUUAUACAAAUACAGGAACAAAGCUCAAUUUGAAUUAAAAAAUAUAAAGGUAUUCUUCUUGUAAGUGAUAAGCAUGCUUCCAUAAUCUAAUGGAGUAAAUAGCAGUGCUGUAUUUUCCACCUGGUGGAAUAUUACGAAUGUGGACACCAAAUACCAACAGGAAGCUUGUAUGGGCAUAAGACUGAACAUGCGAGACUUACAAAGAUUUUGCUAAAAUAGAGAUUAAGAGUAAAAUUUAGUAGAUAAGCACAAGUCUUCUGUAACAUUGCCGAAGGUGUCAAAACAUUACAAGUGGGAUAUAUGGUAAGAGCCGUGUAUGGAAAGUAUCACACCAAAGAAGUAAGUUAGUACAUUGAUUAAUUAUACCAGUGUAGAAAGGAUGAGAAGUUUCAAAGGUCAUUGUUGCCAUCAUGGUCACAAGUUGAUGGUAACCUUGAUGUGGGUGUGAACAUGGAUCUUUGUGACGAUGACAGGGAGAUCAGAUCACUCUUCUGCUUCAUAAAUACCAGAAUUAAUGUAAUCAAUGUGGAUAGAAGUACUGUAUCGGUUCCAAUAGGAAGAAUAAGGAUUGUAACAGGUCUCUGCUUUGUAGAAAUCAUUUUAAGAAAGGUUAUUUAUUUAUUAUAAAUAUGUUUAGCUGGAACCUUAAUAAUGAGGUCAUGAGUGCCAUAUAAACACUUUACUGUACAAUAUUCUGGGUCCUGUAGUGCAGUGGUCAGUGCAGUCAGUUCACACCCAAAAGAUCCCAAGUUCAAUUCCUGUUGCAGGACAGACACAUCUGGGCAUGUUUACUUUCACCUGAUGUCCUCAGUUCACCUAGCAGUAAAUAGAUAUCCUGGAGUUAGACAACUGUUGUGGGCUACAUCCUGGUGAAAGUUAGUUGUUGGCAAGGGGAACCUUGAUAACCUUAACAGGCUACCUGUCCCUGUCAGUGAUAAACUCAAUCUUUAAGUCAGAUUAACAGGAAGAGUUUUGGGUUUUAAUAUGACCGUUAGGCUCAUCUCAGGGAAAGGACUACUUUAGGUUUGUCUUCGAUCCUUUGACCAGAAUAAGGACUAAACAAGUUACUAUGUGCCUCCCUCUAGGUAGUUGGAGCACAGUUCCUUGAGCCUCACCAGUGAAAGGCAGUGUUUUAAGGUGGUUAAGUAUGGUAACAACUAAGCACAACAGGAGUUACUGUCUUAUGGGUACAAAAUAGAGUUGGGCAAAUUUAUAUACUUUUUUUAUGGCAUAACAAAUGGAAGCUGGUGUAAACUACCAGUUAUGGCAAAGUUCUUUGAAUGGGUUUGAGCAUUGCUCCUGCAUUCAGGAUAAUUUUUAUUCUUUUGUCCCACUCUUAUUGUUUACAACUCUCCACUAUGUCAUGUAAAAUAAAUGUUGACUCAUUCUUUUCAGAAGUUUCUUAUUAAUUAUAUGUUUAGUAUGCAGUAUUGUAAUUUUUUUUCACAUUACAAAUACUGUACAGUAUAUAACGUAUAAUUUAAUGUACAGAGGCCUGCAGUGUGCUCACUUUCUGGGGAUAAUGUGUGUAAGCACUUAAAUGCCAAGCUUUAAAGUGCGUUGGUGAAUUUUGCCUGAAUUCGUUGGGAAAUUGAUUAAUACAGAUUAGCAUGACAGUCACACUACCUUACUUCCUAGCCUUGUGUGUUAUUAACUAGGUUUUUCAUACAUCUUUCUUACUCGAUUUAAUUUUUACAGUUUGCCGAGUAAAGCUCUCAUUCAGGUGUUGGUUUAUGCUUCUCCCAUCACCAUCAGGUGGUGCUCUCAGAUGUAACUCAACCUGGGCCAGGAAGGUAAUCUCUUCCACAGACCACUUUGUGCAAUUUGAUGGCCAUCUGUGUAUUUAAUAUACAGUACCUGUAUAUUGUCUAAAUACCAAAGAAGGAACAUUUAACAAAAAUCAACUAUUUCCUUCAUGAUCAUUUCAUCAAAAUGGCCUAUAAUAACUACAAGCAAAAGCAUUCAUACCUGAAAGAAAUGAUAGGUUUUCCUUGCACCAUGAAAGCUAAAAUAUUAAUGAAUGUUUUACAUGAUAUUACUAACAGAAAGCUGCAUAGUUCAAUGACCUUGCAAGAUUUGAUUGGCUGAAGUAAGUACAAGGUUUGGAGGUUCAAUUUGUCCAAUGUCCAUCCUAUAUAUUAUACCUGAAUAAUACGCAAUGCUUUGGCAGUUAUACAAGAGGAGCCUAGGUUGCUAGACAGUUGUACAAGUUGACAUUUCAGGCAGGUGUGUGCACUUGUGCACACACCUACCUGACUUCUGAUAUGCACUAGGGCAAGAAAAAAAUGACUAAAGAAAAUUAUAUGUGAUCGUUUAAUAUUGAAUAAGAGCAUAAUGCUUGCGAGAGAAAUGUUUGCCAGGUGUGUACUGAUCAUGAGCAUUAUUCUUAUAAGCUCAAGUUGGCAACACAUGAGAUAUAUAGAGUACUGCAAAUGUUUUUAAAAGUUAGGUUUUCAUGUUUAUAUUAUGACACUAUUCAUCAAGUGUAAUAUAACGAUGCUGUUUAUCCACAGCAUAAUAUAAUGAUACUGUUCAUCCAGUGUUAUGGUUAUAAUAUGAUUCUGUUCAUCCACAGUAUAAUAUAAUGUUCAUCCAGUGUAAGAUAAUGAUGUAUUUCAUCCACAGCUUAGAGUAGAUGAACAAAGUUGUCAUAAGAACAAUAAAUGCACUGCAGUUCAUGGGUGGCUUUAAUAAAUAUAUUUAAUAUUUUGUUAAUGUAUAUACAGUAUAUAUAUAUAUAUAUAUAUUCCCAUAUUUGUAAUUUUCUAUUUUUCUGAAUACAGUACUCAUAUGCCUGAUUGCUUUUACAUUAAAUGAAUGACAUUAGCAGGCUUUAAUAUGGUCAACCUCAUUUCCUAGCAAUCUUAUACCAAAAAAGAACCAUAUUUUAAUGUAUGAACACAUUCCAUUACACCAACUCAAACAGAAUAUAUGCUCAAGAAAAUAAAAGUAUUCAUUUUA